GUUUGGAUCAUAUUGAAAUCCUUAACAAUGGAGUUCGUGAAAGGAGAUCAAGUUGAAGUCUGCAGCAAGGAAGACGGUUUCUUGGGGUCUUACUUCAGCGCCACGGUAUUGUCGAAGACUCCCGAGAGAUCCGGAUCCUACUACAAAGUUAAGUACAAGAAUCUCGUGUCCGAGGAGGACGAAUCUAAACGGUUAAUCGAAGUCAUCUCAGCCGACGAACUCCGUCCGAUGCCUCCCAAAUCUCUUCCCGUAGUGUUCCACCGCCACGAAAAGGUCGAUGCUUUCGACAAAGACGGGUGGUGGGUCGGAGAGGUCAUCGGUGGGAGAAGCGACUUGUACUCCAUUUACUUUGCGACGACCGGCGAGGAGCUCAAGUACCCUCUUUACCGUCUCAGAAGGCAUCUCGAAUGGGUUAACGGUGACUGGGUUUCUUCUACAAGAAGGCAACAAUAACGUUAUUGAAUUAGGGUUUCUAUCAUCGUUGUUUUUUCACUCUGCCAUGUUUCUUCUUGUUCUCUGUUUAUUAUGGAUAAUUCUAGGGUUUUGAUUUUAAAGACGAUGUGCUCUGUUUCUUCUUGUCCUCUGUUUCUUUAUGUAUCUUUAUAAUUCUGGGGCUUUGUUUUUAAAGACAUUGUUGCUCUGUU